UGUUUUUCAACUUAUUCAAGAUAUUGCGUAUUAUGUGAUUACUUCAAAACAUCCUCCAAAACGAAAAUAUAUGCCAUUUUUAUCAUAGAAUAUAAGUACCUUACCCCCCCCCCCCCCCACAAAGUUUGUGAUUUUCCGGAAUAUUCUACGGAUUGGACCUUUUGUUUACAAAUUGUGAGCGGGAAUGACGAAGUAAACAGUAAAUGCGAUGGCAUGGAAGUUGAACAAGAUAAAUUAGAUGAUCGAUUCAAAGAGCUGAAAGAUGCUUUGCUGGCAUUUUCAAUGGAACAUCACCGAAAUGACUUGGUGGAUGUGUUGCGCCAUGAAGACCACAGUGACCAUUUUUCCAUAUCGGUAAAUGCUCUGACACUUUUUGAGAACAACAUGAUGGUUUGUGAAGUUCUGCUGUCAUCUCCAGAGAAGACCUUGCAGUUCUUUGACCUUGCUCUGGUGGAGGCCCAAAGUGUUAUUAUAGAAACACAUCUGGAGAAAUCUGACAUGGGUGUGAAGAAGAAUAUCCACGCCAGAGUGAUGUCACUUCCUGUGUGUCCAGAGCUACAUCGAACAUCACUGCCCCGGUCUGGAGAUGUCGGGAACUUUCUCGCUAUCACAGGAACUGUAAUAAGGACUACAAUUAUGAAGAUGUUGGAAUAUGAAAGAGAAUUCCUGUGUACAAAAUGUCGAAAUGUUUGCACUGUGCAGGCAGAUUUGGAGCAGUAUUUCAAUCUUGCAAAACCAAGCAAGUGUUCUAAUGAGACCUGUAACUCUACCAGCUUCAGCCCACUCACAGAUACUGGUGGCCAGCCUCAGAAGUGUUGUAAUUAUCAGGAGAUCAAGAUUCAGGAGCAGGUUCAACGUCUGGCAGUGGGGACCAUCCCAAGGUCAAUGUGGGUGGUGGUGCUGCAUGAUUUGGUGGACCGGUGUAAAGCAGGCGAUGAUGUCAUCAUCUGUGGCACAGUGAGGCGAAGAUGGCGUCCUACAGCUGUUGAUUCUAGAUGUGACAUAGAGAUGGUCUUAGAGGCAAACCACAUACUGGUCACUAAUGAACAGAGGAACACCGUGCUGGUCACUCAGGAAUUGAAGUCAGAGAUUAUGAAGUUCUGGGAGGACAACAGGAUGGACCCCCUGAGGGCCAGGAACCAGAUUUUGGCCAGUUUUUGUCCACAAGUAUACGGACUGUAUGUGGUGAAACUGGCCGUCGCACUAUCACUAGCAGGAGGGGUGCAGCGCAUAGAUGAGUCAGGCACCAGAGUCCGUGGAGAGAUCCACAUGCUUUUAGUAGGAGAUCCAGGUACAGGAAAGUCGCAGUUUCUGAAAUAUGCAGCCAAGAUAACCCCCAGGUCCGUGUUGACCACUGGGAUAGGGAGUACUAGUGCUGGACUGACGGUCACAGCUGUGAAGGACGGUGGGGAGUGGCAGUUGGAAGCCGGAGCCCUUGUGUUGUCAGAUGGGGGAUUGUGUUGUAUUGAUGAGUUCAGCAGCAUUCGUGAGCACGACAAGGCCAGCAUUCACGAGGCCAUGGAGCAACAGACUAUCAGUGUGGCAAAGGCCGGCAUAGUUUGUAAACUGGACACUCGAACUACUAUUCUAGCAGCAACCAAUCCCAAAGGUCAAUAUGAUCCAAAUCAGAGUUUAAGUGUGAAUAUCGCCCUGGCCAGUCCACUGCUGAGCAGGUUUGACCUUGUUCUGGUGUUACUGGAUUCUCAAAAUGAGGAAUGGGACAAAGUGGUUUCUAGCUUCAUUCUAGAAAACAAAGAUCCUUUAGGUGACAUUGACCCCAAGACAAUAUGGAGCAUGGAGAAAAUGCAAGCUUAUCUUUCUUUGAUAAAAACCAUUAAUCCUGAACUCACCCCGAAUGCUAUAAGGGUCUUGGGGCAGUAUUACAAAGCACAGAGAUUAGCAGAUGACCGCAAUGCUGCCAGAACCACUAUGCGCCUACUCCAGAGCAUGAUUCGACUCUCUCAAGCUCACGCUAGGUUAAUGUUCCGAGAUGAAGUCACUGUGGAAGAUGCAGUUGUUGCAGUCACACUCAUGGAAUCCACCAUGCAGGGAGCUGCCUUACUUGGUGGUGUCAAUGCACUUCAUACUGCAUUUCCUGAGAAUGCUGUUGAGGAAUACAAAGUACAAGCUGACCUUGUACUAAACAGACUGGAAUUACAUGAUCUUCUACAACAGGAAGUGGCAAGAUUGUCUGCUCUUGAAUCAGCUGAAACUAGCGAAAUUCCAAAUAGAGCUGAGUCACAAGACCAGAAUGAUACUCACAACGACUCUGUCAGUCAAAAGAUAUCAAACAUUGAAGAAGUUCAAGAUACCGAACAUAACCAAUCAUGUAGUCAGGAAAAAAGUGAUGUAAGAAAUGUGAGCACAGAUCAGGACGGAAUUCUGACAGAAACCAAGGAGAACAUCUGUGAUAGGUCACUCCAGGAUUUAUUCAACAGUAGCACUGUAGAUGGGGACAUUACGCCAACAGUAGAUAACCGUCCUCUGACUUCGACACAGAUUUCACGUCCUGUUCGAGACUCUGGGAGAAAUCAGUUGGAUGUCUCUGAAGUGAGGUGUUCAUUGACAAAUGUGAUCUCGAAAACAACAGAUCUCGCCCCUGAUAUAGCAGAGUCCUCUAAAUUCAAACAAGUUAUAGAGCAGAAGGAUGAAGAUAAAGUGAGUUGUGGAAAUGAUAAUGAAGAAAAUGGUAAUACAGUCGAAACACAAGCGGGAAAGCUUGUGUUCAGUAAACCGUGCGAUCAAACACUACGGAUCAGAAAACAAAAGAACAAAAAUCUGAUAAAGAGUUUGAAACAGAAGGUGGAUGAACAGAAAGACAAUGGAUUAAAAGAAUCCUCUCUCCAGCUUAACACCAAUUAUAAAGAAGAGGAAAGGUUUCAGCAUCCCGAACAGAACUGUAGCGAACUGGAAUGUUCCCCCCAAACUCCAUCAGGUCACGGAAAUAAAAUUUCUCCCUCUACACUAACCAAACUCAAGAAGUUCCGGAAGAAGGAAUCAAAUGUAAAAUGUACAGAUUUUAAUCAUGAACCAGAGAAAAACUCGGAAACAAGAAAAGACGGCUGUGAUAAUGUAAGUGAUUGUGGAAAGGAAUGCUCAGGGACUGUGCUUUCACAGAGUUAUGACGAAAAAACACAGCCCCAAUCUAAAAAUAUUUUCAAAGUUAGCAAGGACAAGGGGUCAUCCUCAGACCAGUCUAUAGAUACAGUCAACUCAAUAUUAACGGAGAAAUCUCAGUUUGGUGAAGGAAACAAAUCUUUGUCUGUUCCAUCAUGGCUGACAAAAGUAAAUUCCCUCAAAUCUUCAAUUUUCAAGUUAGAUUGUGAAGACAAUGAAGAAUUAGAUGAUUUAAACAUUGAGUUGGAUUUUAAUCCAUCAAAGAAAGUCAAAAUGGGGUGAAAUAAAGUAUUAAAAAGUA